ACGACGAGGUAACAGCAUUGAAUUGUCUUUGAAUGUACUGGUAUCUCCCCACCUCGAACGUGAAACUUUGUCCAGGUUGGAGGAUAAAAUGAAGCAGUCCGAUUUUAUUUUCCUUGUUUUGAGGUUCUGGGAUUAUGUCCCACCAUAUAUUAUUGAAAAGUAUGCCGUAUCCGCAUUUUUGAAUGAGGAUUUCCUGCGAGCGAUAAGACUUAAAAUUGAGGAACUGAGGCCACCAGGACGACGUGAGCCACACAGCUGUGCGCUGAAAGAGCACUCAGACACGAGCUUCACCAGAAAAGAGGUUCUACCGCCACCGGAACGUCUUUCCAAUCCGGUUGCUAUGGACCACUGGGUGCUGUAUGAACCGAAAGUCCAAAACUUUCCGCUGGUGGACGGCUUUUUCUUUGUGGACUCAAAUCCAAUGACGCUGGUGGGGCUGCGGAUGACUACGGCGGGUGAGCACCGCACCACAACCAGCACAGUGAGGCAGUUCACUGAGUGCCUGGCGGCGUAUUUUAAUGGUUGGGAGGAAUUAUCUCGAGACAUGUCGUGGGAGAUUAUUUAUGUGCAGCACGCAGGCAGCACGCCGAUAAACGAACAGCAGAGAUGUGAUGUCGUCAAUUCCGAUAAUGUGAGCCGCGCUGAAAACCGUGAAAUAGCGGCGUUCUGGGAGGAAGAGGUGCGCCAGUACAUAGCAGCAGUAUCAUCCGGAGGAUUUAUGAUGGGCGAAGCUCUCUGA